UCCUUCCGCCGCAGUUCUAGGAGGAAUUAUUUCGUGUGUUGAGAUAUUGAAUUAGUGCACGCGUCAAUCGUUAAACCGCGGUCAUGGCAUCUACCCACGUUUGGAUGUCUCUUUGCUUGUUGUGGAUGUUCAGCGCCGGAAAAUGCCAACAGCAAAAUACGAAAGAAUGCUACACCAGAAGCAAGUCGGGAGUGAGAUAUGAGGGACUCCUUGAUAUCAGUAAAUCCGGACAGCCAUGUUUGCCGUGGAACGAGACAGAACUUCCGUUUGUCGGUAACCAUAGUUACUGCCGGGCACCCCGACCAAGGGAUCUCCAGCCGUGGUGCUACAUCCAGGGGAGGGUAUCCCGACUGGACGUACCGUGUGAGGUCGAGCACUGCAAAGAAUCUGCCCACAUCGGAUGUUUUCGCCUUGACAAACCACCGACAGACGUGCUGGCAAGCGAAGCGCCAACCGCCGAAGACUCGAUGACAGUCGACCGCUGUCUUAAGCUUUGUCGUAAUAAGAAAAUUCCAGACUACGCAGGACUGACAGACGGAAACAAGUGCUAUUGUACCUAUUAUGCAAAACAGAGACUAUCGGAAGCUGACGACUGCUUGUCGCCUUGCAAGGGUAACGAAAAUCAGAACUGCGGGGGCGACACUAGCAUCGAUAUCUAUGAUGUAAAUAUGGGCCGAUGUGGAGGCAAACACUACGGACUGGAAGGAACCCUGUAUUCGCCCGGAUCCCCCGGCCUUUAUCCUGGUGGAGUCAACUGUACGUGGGAAAUAAACGUUCCUGGGAACAGAAUCAUCCAGCUCAGGUUCAAAGACCGCAAUAUUGCUUACCCAACCGAUAUCGUGGACGUUCAGGACAUGGGAUAUCCCCUGAAGCGGGACAGAAUCUCGCAAGUGAACCAGGGUAAACGAUUCCUCAGUUCGUCUAACAGCGUACGGGUGUAUUUUCGGUCGGACCCCAAAAGCGGUGGAGGCCAGUUCACCCUUUUCUACAAAGGGCUUGCCAGCUGCCCUGCACCGACCAUUCCCAAUGGGUCUCUGGAAUUAGACAGAAAGCUCAAGCCGGACAGGGCUCUGUUCAAGCCGGGGGAAGAAGUCAACUUCACCUUCAGCUGUGACGCGGGCUAUCGGAAGUGUAGGAAGAAACGAAAGUCGGCCACGUGCAAAAACAACGGCAGUUGGAGUAAACUACCGGAGUGCCGUCCCGAGCACCACGACACGUGUGACGUGCAGACAUCUACAGAUACAUCUACUACACAGCAGACCCAUCACAAGACAACACAUCCACCCACUGCCGAAACAACUCCUCGUGCAUCGACCAUUCACGACCAAGUCACCACAGUAAGACGGAAAACCCUUUACCAAACCUCCGGCUCCACGAUGACACCGACACACACAUUUACCAGUUCAUCGCACAUGGAGACUGUAACUGCCUCGUCAGAGCCUACAGAUUCUACAUCCAAGCUUGAGCCGCCAGAAGAGCCCAACCUGUACGAAGGACAAGGCCAGGGAGCGGGCAACAACAUAAUAAUCAUUGCAUCAGUCGUCAGCGGAUGUGCACUAUUGGCUGUAGGCGUUGUGACCUGUAUAGUGAUUUCCAAGCGAAGGACCCGGGCAAGAAAAAGACCCCGACUGAACGCUGCACCCCAUGGGCAGAACAGGGAGAGUGAAGUCGUGGAUGACGUCCUCACGUACAACUUCCGCACGCUGGCCAACACGGCCCAGAUCAGGCUACAAAUAAUAUCAACCGUAGACGGCGCUGGAUCUGAUCCAAGUUACCAAUGCCCGGACGCCGGCUACGCGACGGCCAGUAUGACCAAGACAAAGAAGAAGCUGUCAGACCCACCAGGUGAAACUGUGUAUCAAAACGCGAUCAUGUUCAGCACCACGGAGAGGGCAUCCACCAAGAAAGACCCGUCCAAAGCCCCCGCCAUCUACACUAAGGUCAAGAAGAAGAAGAGGCAGGUUGACAGUCCAGGCUCCACCCUUGGUUCCCAGACAUCCAGAUCUGAGAGGGAUGUUGAUCCGUGCGAGGCAAAAGUGCGUCCCGAGCCGUGUCCACGCACCGUCACGCUGUACGCCAAGGUCAACAAGAAACGCCCGCCGGAACCGCUUCCGUGGGAACUGGAAGAGCUGCGUGAACCAGGCCCGGAUCCGGAAGUGACGUAUCCGGAACUGGACCAUGUGCAGUGCCAUGUCGCAGAAGUCACGGAGUUCCUCCCUGACGUCACGCCCUCCCACAGCGAGGAAUGCUACAGAAGAGAUGACGGAGGUGUGAAGUACGACGGAGAGUUAGCCGUGUCCGAGACCGGGCAGCCCUGCGUGUACUGGAGUGAGACCGACGUGGUCUUGGCGGGGCCGGACCACCGUAACUACUGCCGCGCCCCGCGACCAGGCGACCUGGUGCCGUGGUGCUACGUGAGAACUGAGGAGGGAGAGCUGGUAGAACGUCGCUGUGACAUACAGCACUGUACAGUAUGCUACACGGUGACCGGCGCUGACUACAGAGGCAACCAGUCCCGGCCGGGGCCCGGUGGAGCGCCGUGCGUGUCGUGGACGGACCGCGGAACAUACAACGGCAAAAGUGUGCACGCAGAGAAUCAGGAGAACCGGAACAGAGGCGUCGGAGAACACAACUACUGCCGCAACCCCAGCACGUACUUCAGCCCCUGGUGCUACACUGGUGGAGGAGAGACUGACUACAGACCUUGUCAUAUUCAGGAUUGCAAAGCACCAGGGUACCUGGGCUGCUAUAACGACGAUGAUGGCAACCUCAUACCUAAAGCAGUGACACCUCCGAAAUGGUCGCUAACCAUCGAGUCCUGCCUGGAACACUGUCGCCUGAUCACCAGGCGGUACGCCGUCAUUCGGAACGGGCAGGACUGCUACUGUACGGACGGCGUGACCAGCACAGCAAAGCCGCUCAAACCGAGCAACGCGUGUGGCGUUCGUUGCCAUGGCAACAUGUUCCAAUACUGCGGAGGCUACAAAAGGACCGUAUCCGUUUUUGAUACAAAUAUGGGAAGGUGUAACAUCUCGCGCUAUGGACAACAAGGAACCAUCUACAGCCCAAACUAUCCUGGGUCCUACCCGAGUUCAACAGAUUGUCACUGGAACAUCAGUGUGCCGGAGGACCACCUCAUCAAACUCCGCUUCCAGCUCUUCAGCAUUAACGAGGCCAGCUGGGUGGGCGUAGGCCGGGCCGGCGGAGUGAGGAUUACCGGGCAGGACCCGGUGGGCGGGUACGUCACCAGCUCGGCUGCUGCGUCAGUGCACUUCCGGGCACGUCCGUCACAGGACUCCGCGGGUCCUCGGGCUCGGGAAGAUGACGGCAUGCCCAACGGGUUUAUUCUGCUGUUUGAAGCGAUUAGAAGGUGUCCGACCCCGACCAUUGCUCAUGGAGACUUUGACGUCAUCCGGCCCAUGACCGUGGUGAGCGACGGGUCCAUCGUGGCCGGAGACACCGUCCGGUUCUACUGUGAUGACGGCUACAGGCUGACCGGUCCGGAACGUCUACUGUGCACGAAGAACGGGGACUUCGACAAAGACGUCCCAGUGUGUCACAUCCCAGAGACCAUCGUGAUUGUAAUUGCCAGAACUACAAGAAGAACUACACCACCACCACUUCCUCUGACGUCCAGAGAAGGAUCUGAAUUACACCCAGGUACGUCAGGGACAAGUACAAGGUCAACUAUAGCAAGAACCACUGCCCUUGACACCACCUUACAACCACUUACACUAGUUACAGCUCUACGAACAACUACACCCUCACGACGACCUACAACACGACCACUUCCCCGACCAACUAAAACCAAACGGCCCUCUGCCCCUGGGCCAGAUCAACGGACAACUGAACCAUCGAGGGAACGUUCACCUGAGAGAACUGCGCCAGGCGCCUCUGUAACUACACAGUCCAGUGUCACACUACCCGAUGGAAAGGCCACUUCCAUCCCCUUCACCACCGAUUCAAGAAAGCACCCAAUCGCACGGGAUGAGGUUAACAUUGUGCCCGCUAACACGGGGAAAGCAGAAUUCUUCGCCUUGAUCGCUAUCGCUGUGGCGGCGUUGGCUUUCCUAUUCCUGCUGCUGAUACUGGUCGUAUGGAGCUGUCGAAGAAGGAACCACAAGAUCAAGCAUCAGAAAAUGGAGAACUACAGGACAGAAAUAAGAGCGCCACCUACCGGUGGUACUACAUCUGAAAACGUGCCAAUGUCAGACAUGUCCUCAAGUGGACAGCAGGGUGACUCCAUGGCAAAUGGUACGGCUGGCCCGAACCCCCAGGAAAAUGCAGACAUGAGUGAUGAUGUGGACAGUGACAUUGAACCGGAAGUGACGUACACAGAACUGGACCUGUCCAUGAACUGGGACGCCCCAGUCAGACGGACCCAGCCGGAGACGGUGUACGCUCAAAUCCGCCCUCCGCCGGACAAGACUGGGGCUACUUACGCCGUGUAGAGAUGGAUAAUUAAGUUACAGAUAUGGGAUGAUGACGAACAUAUAAGGGGUCAACUAAUAAGUAAUGCAAUUUCUUCUUAUAAAUUCUGUUUAUUAUUCUAUCAUUCUAACAGCAUUAUAUCAUACAAGACGUAUGUAACUUAGAGGUACUACAUUUAUAAUAUAAUUUACAUUAGAAUUAACUUUUUAGUGUUGUUGUAAUUGACAAUGUGAAUUUACUUGACUCACGAUGCUGGCAAAGGGUAACAAGAAGGCAUUGUCGACAUGUCAGACAUCACUGGUCAGUAUAUUUACACAAACACGGCAUUAUGUUUUCG